AUAAACCUAAUCCUACUAAAUAACUACUAACCUUAUUGAUAAUUACCCUAAUAAUAAUUAUAUUAAUAAAUAAAGAAACCCUACAGAAAUCGGUUUCUAACAGCUUUCUUGCUGCUGCAAGUUGUUUGUGAACUUAGGAGGAGACAGAUAUUAGUUGUUCUGACAGAGGAUGGAAGAAACCUAGGGAUUGUUGUCUAACUUGGGAGUUUGGUAGACAAUGCUCCUUUUACCUACUAUCUUUCCAUACACUGUUAAAACCUAGAAAUGAGUUCCAAUCCUUUUGGGAAUCAUUUCGGGUACUUGCUAUAGGAUGUUUCUCACCUUAGAAAUCAAAUCUACAGGAGUCAUUCUCUCGGAUCUGCAACUGUUGCCGUAAAAAUGGCUUCUCCAGCAAGCAUGAUUUAUAUGGAGAUGAUCAUCACAACUAGAGUAUAUGGUUGGGAAGUUCACCGCAUGAAGGAUUUUAGCAUAUGUCCUGCGGAUAUAAACAAUCCUUUGGGAUUGCAAGAGGAAGACUAUAGCAUAGAAAAGUGACAAGAAAGGUUCAUUUGGAUCGAUGGUUUGGUUGAGGAAUGGAACUUCUGAAUCUUAGUAGAGCCUGCUGCAUCCGCAAGGUUGCUGCAUUGCUAGGUGGUUUGUCUCUUUCUUUCUUUUUGCAAUUAGCUUUAAUAAAGAAUUUAUACCACUAGAGUUGGGAGAUAGAACAGAUUAGCAAUCUGUGUUUCUGUACAGGUUCAUUGUGUAUGGCAGCAGCAGAAGCUUAUUCAGCCCCUUCCAUUGUUCUAACAUCUCACUCGAAUAAUGGUAGCUUGCAUGUUUUUGAUGAUUUUAGAGAAGUCUAUUCAUGGUUGAGCCACAAUACUCUGACGUGGAUCAUAAAGUAUGAUUACUCUCUUCUCUCUUUCCUUCCGUUUAUUUGCAGACAUACUGGUUUCAAAAUGUCACUUCAUUGUUGAAACUCGCGAGGGCUUGUGACAGCAUAAGAUAUAUCAGCUAAAAAUUUUGUGGAAAUUAGGAUGUUUACAUGUCUUCUGAAUGGUUGACCUGAUGACACUUGAUUCAGAUGUAAAUAACAAUGUUACAUUAUACACCAGCCGCUUCCACAGACUGAAGGAUUUUGACUGUUGUAGGUCGCGUCAUGUUGGGACCAUGGCUAUCAAACAACUGCUUAUGGCUAGUCUCGCACUCUUCUAGUCGACGAGAAAAAUCAUAUGGCAACUGUUGGCACAACCAUGUCUUCCCCUGAGAAGCAAGCUAAGCCUGGGAGAUCUUCCAUUCACUGGAUGUGAAGUAUGUCUUUGGAGCUAGGUGUCCUUCCUUCCAGCCUCAAUCUUCUAAAGACAGCAUUUAUCUUGAAUCCUUUUGAAUCAGCUAAUUUCCUUAAGUAAAAGUAUGAUUGUACGUUACAGGUCUUUUUGGCUACCCUAGUGAUGAUAUCAGUAAGUUCCUUUGGAUGGUUCGGAAUGGAGGCGGUGUGUUCCCUCACAUCAAAGAAGCUGAUUACCUCGUACUUUUCUUCAACUUGCACAUUAUGAAAUGCCAAACUGUUGCUUGAUAGUAUAGUAGCCAUAAUCGUAUUUGUUCACUCCUCCCCUCAAAUGCCUGAAAUCAGAGUUGUAUGGUUUGGUUUGAUGUUGGUUAAUUGUGAAAUCAGGUAUUCACCUCUCACCAUUGGAUGGCACGGAUCUACAAAGUGAAUUGCCUCCAAGGAACUGCAGGUAGGUUCGGUUUUUCGGGUUUACCCAAAACCGACCCGAUUAUAUACAUUUUCGAUUUUUAGGGUUCGUUUCUGGUUUCGGGUUUUUCGGUUUCGGGUUCCGUUUUGCUUAUCGGUUUUUUGGGUUCCGGCUAAAAACCUUCAAUGAAUAGAACUCAGCCUGUAUUUUUAGGCGUUCGGGUUAUCGGGUUUCGGUUUUGCUUUAACCGAACCCGAACCCGAUAAGGAAUUUUCGAGUUUCGGAUAACCGGAACCCGCAAGUCCUUAUCGGGUUCGGGUUUGGUUUUGGGUUUUCGGGUUUUGGUUUGGGUAACCGAACCCGACCCGAACUGACACCCCUAACUGCAGGAGAAAGAAAUCCAAGUCUUGGGUACGUGUGCAACAGUGGAUGAUGAUAUAUCUUACUUGUCAUCUCUUUCCUGUUUCCUCCUGGACCAGUUUUGAUGUUUUAAACUGCUGCUGCCUUGAUGUUUUGUUGAUAGCAGAGAUGGGUUAGCGUUAGCUAGCUCAGAGAGAGAAGUAAGGGGAAAGAGCCAGUUUUGUUGGAGUAACUGACUGACUCCAUUUUCCUUGAAUUCCAUGCCAGUGCCUGCUGCGAAUGAUGAACCAACCAUCUUGAUCAACCAAUUUUAGUCGAUAAAAUCCCAUUCGAAGCACACUCGCCUUACCUAUAUAUGUUUCUUUCUCAAUGCAUAGUCGACCAGACUGUCCGAGGAAGUCAAUGUGUGCACUGUGCAGACAGCUACGCGAGCGUCGAAUGAGAACGAGAACGGGUCCAGCCCAGACGAAGUGAUCCGUCUGAAUUCUUGCUGUUGGGCUGGGCCGGGGCCUGCCAGGGACCAUGGUAUUUUUUUUUUUAGAGACCGAGAAGGAAAAAGGAAGUCUCUUCCUGCAAGGACUUGGAAUUUAUUUAUUUAGUAUAUAAGUCAAUCGAACCGAUGCUCUCCCACAACACUCAGCAUUCAGCAAGCAAGCAAGGCGCUAGCUCUCCCACAACACUCAGCAAGCAAGCAAGCUAGGCGCUAGCAAUCUUUCUUUCCUGGUCUCUGCGCGUGUGGCCAUGGACGCUCUGAAGUCCCGUCUCGGUUUGAUUUUAUGCAUGUUAUAUUUGGUCAAGGCAUGGCUUGAGAUAUGGGCAUGGCAGAAACUGGAUCGUCACCUCCGCAACAAGUACAGGUUGGGUUUGCUCGAUCUGUUGAGGAAUUCUUUUGACGGAGCUGAGAGGAGCUUGAUUCCGCUGUUGCAAGACUAUCCCAUCAUACUUCCGUGUUGCUUGCGUUAUGGGCUUCGCAGGCCCUGGGCUUGAGCUCUUUCUUCUGUAUGCUUGUUUUUGUCUUCCUUUUACGUUCUUGAUCCAUUCCCGUCUUCAAGUUUUUUUUUCCCCCUCCCAUUCCAGCUUAAGAGACAAGGUAACUGUGGUUGUUGAACAUUGAAAUAUUAUAAUAUAAUAAUAAUAAUAUAUUUAAUGCAGCCGUUGCCUUUUGUUGGUUGUUGGUGCUAUCUAUGUAACAUAGUAAGAUCUUCUUUGAUGGUCGCACAAGGAAAGUUCAUACAUAGGCUUAUUGAUUAAAAACUCAAUACCGGUUGAACCACAAAAUAUCGUUUUCGGGCUCAAAUUCGAAACCGUACAAGCAGCCGUGAUAAAAACGUCUACGUCAACCCUGUCAGCUUCAUUAUACUAAAAUCAUACUAAAAUCCUUAUCCUUAAUUUUUAUUAGGUUUAAGAAAUAGUAAUACCCUAAUCAUCAUUAACCACCUAUUAACCACUAACUUUCUAUUAACUAUUUAAUAGCAAAUUCGUGUAAAAAUAGUAUGAUUGUGAGGGGGAAAUUGAAAUUCAGUGGUGUUUUGCUUUUCUUUUUUUUUUUCUAUAGAAAAAGGCUGUUGUAGACUUUAUGUUUCUUUUUAUGUUUGGGCGGACUUUUCCCAACCUUCCGUGUCAAGUUGGGCUUCGAGAGGCCCAUAUUACCCAAUGAUUUUGUAUCAAUGAAAGCAGCCCUUACCCGAAAGUUCAUGAAGCGAAACAGGCCCAAGAUUUAAAUGUCAUAGCCGACCCAUUUAUUUACUUAUUUAAAAGAAGAUAAUUCAUCGAAUUAUUAUUAUAUAUGUUAUCAAAAUGAAAAUAUAUUUCUACAAAAAAAAAUUAAUUUAUUACAGUUUAAGAAAAUUUAGCAGAUAGGUGUACGCACACACUCAAGAUUUGUCUGUCAGCAUAUUAUUCAAUUUGGAAUGUUAACUUUUUUUUUAGUUGGAAUAUUAAUUAACAGCAAAACAACGUUGACAUAUAUAUUUUGAUUAAAUUUACAAAUUUGGU